GGGAAAUUACAGCAGAGCUGGGCAAGGCGAGAAGGAAAGGAAGGGAAAUUAUAGCGCAGCUGCGGCGAGCGAGGGGGGAGCAGACCCUGCAAGCUCCGUUCCUGCAUCCCAGCCGGGCUGUGACCAUGGGAAGACGAUUAACUCCACGCUGCGAGCUCCGACCGAAGCGGCUCUGCCCCAGCCCCAGCGAGCGGGACGUGAAGGGCUGCUCGGCCAAGACCCCGCCGGCCACUUUUCACGCCGUGGCUUGAGACUCGCUCAUGCAGGGAGUUUAAUUUGCGAUGGGAAGGACGCGUGGGCCAGCGGCCAAGAGCAGGCACUGCUCCGGCGCCCGGCUUGGCACGGCGAGGCCGGUUAUUGAGCAAAGCCAGAGGCUGUAUCCAAGCGACCUGUGGACUGAGAUAUUAAUCCAGGCUCAGCCCGCAGCACGGCUGCUGCUCGCCUGCGAGGAGCGCUCAUUUCUCACGCCGUGGCUUCCAGCAAAGCGAGGGAAGAUGCAGCCAGGCGACAGCAGCUCUCGCCCGUUCAAGCAGAGGAAAAGCCUCGCUACCAGGAUGCACGAAGUGACAGAGAUACGGAUAAAAUAUCCCAACAAGAUCCCGGUGGUUGUGGAACGCUACCAGAAGGAGAAGACCUUGCCCCCCUUGAACAGGACCAAGUUUCUGGUGUCCCAGGACCUGCCCCUGUCCCAGUUUGCUGUCACCCUGCGGACGCGGCUCUGCCUGACCUCCUCCCAGACCUUCUACCUGCUGGUGAACAACAAAGGGUUGCCGAACAUGGCCGUCACCAUGCAGGAGCUGUACCGGGACAACAAGGAUGAGGAUGGCUUUCUCUACCUGACCUACGCCUCGCAGGAGAUGUUCGGCAGCUCUUCCUCCGGCAAGCCAGCGGCUGCUUGACCCCAAACCACCUGCCACCACCGUGUCCUCGUGGCUGCUCGUCUCGGGGCUCCCAACGCUGGUGAGAUCGGGGAUGUAUCUCUCCAAACUUGGCUUAAAAUCGGUGGGGAGCCCCAAAUUGUGGCUGGACCAAACCUUGCCUUCUCUCUGGCUGCAGUUUGACAGGCUCAGCCUUGUAAUGGUCUUAAAAACUCCACUCGAUGCCUCCUUAAUCUUGUGGCUUUAAAUACAAAUGAUUCUCCUGCCACAGCAGAAGAUGGUGCUGGUUUACUCUGAUCCACAGGAAGGUUAUUUUUCUAACUGGCUCUUCUGAAGGGCUUUACAACCUGUCAUCCCUGUUCAGAAAACUUAGGCUCCUUCUAAAUGCCUCUCCUAAUAGGAUCGGGUAUGGGGAGUUUCACGGUUUGUGCAGGUUUUUGUUAAGCUGCGUGUCCAUUCUAGCUGCCGCUCGAGCGUCUGUGCUCUUGAGAUGUGGAAUAAAGAAAAUUGGACUGGUGCUUCUGGUCAUCCAAACUGCAGCUCGUCCCUCGGCUGUGAAGCCAGCCUUAAACUCGGGGCUUUGUCCCUGGCUUUGCUGGGCUGCCAGUAGCUGAGCUGGGGGAGCGAGAGCGAAGAGGGGAAAGGACUUUGCUCCCCCCAUUGCAAAAGCAGCCUGGGAGAGACCCUCCUGCAGAAAAGCAGCUCCCCAUCUCGCUCCCCUCUGCGGAAUAAGGGGGGGUUUGAUCCCCUCCACCUCAAACCAGCACCCUAAGGACGGGGCACGUAGCUAAAACCCGCAGCAGGGAUUAGCUGAGCUCAAAUUGUAGUGCUGUGCUGUGAGUCAGACAUAAAUGCUUCCUGCCACUGAUACUGCAAAACACCUCUUAAAUAUUUAAGGCUUCCCUUGCCAUAAAAUGCAUUGUCACACUGGGUGAAUAUUUCAUGCACGUUUCAUGUUAAAAUGUUAAUAAAUAAGCUCUAAAAUUAGCUGCCACGACAGCAGGAGCUGGGUCCUUGAUGCGCUGCUGGGGGGGGGGGAGUUGGGAUGAGUCCCUCUCCUGUACUGGGAUGAAACUGGGGAGCGGGGGUCUAUACUGUGCCCCCCACCCCGACUGGCUGCACCCCCAAACUGUGCAGCAGCAGGUUUCUUCCUGAGGCUUCAGGCUGGCUCAAGGCUAAGCUGGGGUGCCAGAGGUAUUUUUUGGGGGGGGGGGGGAUGACAGCUCCGUGCCAGUCGGUAGCUGGAGGU